AGAAGUGUUGCCGGACGCGUUAAGAACCGACUGCAGUAAAUGUUCGGAUGUGCAAAAACAAAGAUCUGAAAAGGUGAUAAGGUUUUUGAUCAAAAAUCGAUCCGACGAUUUCGACCGUUUGACUACCAAAUACGACCCUUCUGGCGAGUACAAGAAGAAGCUAGAAAAAUACGAAAAAACACUUGCUUCUCAAAAUUAAGCUGUAUUAACAUAAUUUUCCUACAUAAACUUUUCAUGUUAAUAAAAGCUUAAAAAUAAGUUGAUGUAUUUUUUUCAUAUAUUGUGGUGUUUUAAUAUAAUAUUUAAUUAAGUAUACUCAUCUACUUAUCUGUAUAUGUAUUCAGUAACGUGAAUAUAUAUAAAUUAUUUAUAAAUAAAACAAAAUUAAAAUAAAUGUGUUUUUAUUUGAAUUGAAAUCAUUAUUUAACAUUAUAAGUACAAGUGAUUAUUCUCGUUUAAUCACAAUCAGUUAUUUCUUCAUCUGAUUGAAUGGAUUUAUAAUUUUUUCCAUACAUUGAGCGGAUCAAUGACCAUUUAUUUGGAUAACAUUUUUUCCCAUAGUUUAUUAUUCGUCGAAUAUAAUAUUUCUGCAUUUUGGAACACAGUUUACAUUCGUUCCUAAUUUCUUCUUUGACGGUUGCUUAAAAAAAUAAAUAUUGAUUAGACAUUUUUACUAAUUACUGAUUAUCUGCAAGCGAGGAUUUCUAACAAUCGUGUUUAAAAUUAAAUUAAAUUGAAAUUAUUAGGGAAACCAAUUAACGGUAAAAUCGAUUUAUUUGAAUUAUACAUUUUUCGCACUUAUUUCACAGCGGUUUUGGUUCGAAUGAAGUAUUAUUAAAUACCAUAAUACUUAUCAAUAUUUAAUAUCGAUUAUAACCGAGAAAAACAUAAAAUGUUGUUAAUAAUACAUUAUAGGUGUUUACCUAUCAUUCUCUUUCCAAGGGAGUCACACUGUCCCUGAUUUGCGACACACUUGAAAACUUGCCUUGCGUAUUCUUUGUUUCUAAUUUUUAACAUGUCAAAAUUAGUGAUAAAAUCCGGUUUAGGUUUUAUCGUUGUAUCGACGAGUUUCAAAUAUUCGGCCGUUUUAUGCAAGUAGUCGGUGAUACCUCUUUUGGUCAGAUGAAUUUCCUUGUUCUUGCCGUUUUUGAUUGUAUUUACAUCGGCGGUGGUCAUGCAUUGUUGUAUUAAUCCAACAAUGACGAUUAAGCGCACGAAAUAUAAUACUCUACACUCAGACAUGUCUAUAGUAGGAAUGCAAUAUUACAUUGAUCUAUGAAUUCUCAACAAGUGGCUCUGUGUAACAUAACAAAUAAAUACAUAUAUUAUUAUAUUUUUUCCCCUCUGACAUUAGUACAACAGUAAGGUAGAGAUAAUAGUCGAUACCUAACAAUAUAUUUCUGUAGAAAAAAAAAAAUGAUAAUAUACAUAUAGAACGUUAAAACUAUUUUGUAAUAAAACAAUAUUUAUUCAAAAUAUAGUUUUAGAUAUGGGCAAAUAAAAAGGUACAUCGGUUAACUUUAAAAUAUUUUAAUAUUAUUUCUAUUAUUUUAACCAGAUCAUAUAUAUUACCAGAUUAUUUAACCGUCAUAUCAUUCGAGUUAACAACAGUUAAUAGCUAUGAGUAUAAAUAGGUAAUUAAUACCUUUUGGGUACAGCAAUUGUAGAGAUUACCUACACGUAAUUUAAGUUGCAAGAAUAUUUAUCUUAAAUUACUACAAUUAUUAAUUGUAGACGAUUUUUAUGGUUUUCAAUCCUGUAUAAUAAAACGCUUAAUUUGAUUUGUUCUUCAAUUCCCGUCAAGUUUUUUUUUGCUUCCCUUGUCAUUUCACGUUGUUUGAUAAACAAAAGUCAGUUCAUCGAAAACUGAUAAAACUUGUAUACUGUUGUACCCUCAGUUACAUAUUAUUUACAAUAUAUUCUUACAAAAAUAACACGAAUAACCCGAAAAUAUAACAGCAAAAUAAAAAAUAAUGUAUUGGUUAUUUACAUUUAAAUAAUAAUAAUAUUAAUAGAUAGACUACAUAGAAAAGUGAUCACCAUAAUAAUUUUCAAAAACUGAUGAUUAUUUUUUAUUAAAUACUUUAUGCACUUAUCACUAUUGACAGGGUCCAGAAUUAAAACGAUUUUAAUUUUAAAUAUUUAUAACGUUUAAAAUGCAAUAGUUUUAACAAUUACCUAUUUAUUAAGAAAUAUUGUCACGGAUGGGUUUUAAUUUUAAACAUGUACAUAUACAUACACAGUGGCGGAUUCAAUGGAGGGCCGAUAAGGCCCGGACCCCUCCCCCUCACCCUUAGCAGUUAUAUUAUAUUUAUAGUUGUAAUAAUAUGAGUUAAUAAUGAUUAUAAAUCGUCGUCCAAAUUACGGUUAGACCAAUUAUUACGAUAGUCCAUAAUGUUGAUACUUGAUUGUAAUCUCAUAUGUAUUUUAUAUUUAGUGUUUAUUGUUCAAAAUGAAUAUGAAAAAUUUUGGGCCUUUCCCCUUCCCCAUAAAAAACAAUCCUAUAUCCGCCACUGUAUGUGUCUGGCUUUUAUUAUGAACAUUAUACACACAAUUAUACUGAAUAUGAUGUAAGGAUUAUACUCACAGAAAUCAAACAUAGAAGCUGUUACUUCGGUUAGUUACUUGUUGUGUUGUGUACGAUGAACUGAUCGAUAUAUUUAAAACGGUUUAUAAAAAUGAUGAUGACAACAAAAUUAAUUAUUUCGAAGUUAAUAAUUUAUAAC